GCGGCCUCCGACGAGAGAGGUUUGUCGUCCGUGUUAGCAGUCACUGCAAGUUCGGUUCGGUCCGUAGCAUCGUGACUUAAACGUCGAUAAAUACAACGACGAUCCUUCACCGCGAUUCGAUCAUGUUGUGACAGAUGCGCUCCUCGUGUGCCGCCGAUACGUCGCGCUUGCGAUCACCCCGUUAUCGCAAUGAUGCACGCGCGAUAGGAAAACAAGCAGCUCGUCGACUCCGUAAUCGCGUCCAUCUCGACUCGAGCAACAGAUGUGACCAUCGUGCGCGUCUCGUUCUUUAUAUUUAGUUAAUCAAGAUUUUCUCAGUUGGUAAAAUACUUCGAUUCUAAUCUCCACGUUGUUUCCACGCUCCUCGAAAAGCGUCGUAACGAAUAACAACGAUAAAUGUGUGCUUCUAAUUCUACUGACGGCAGAUAAGAAACGUUUAAGUAAUCGUACCAGCGAUCAAGUGAAAGAUAACAUCGUGGAGACGUUGAGAAGGAAAUAAGAAGUUCUUAGAAUCUGCGUCCACGAUCGACGUGAAUUGCUGCUCGUCGUCCGCCGUUCUAAGAACUUAUCUACGGCUUAAGGGCACCGGGCCGUGCACGAGAAGUAAAAGAGGAAGAGAAUUCCUUUGUCCUCCGAGACGGCGCGGAAGGAGGUGGACGACGAACCGUGGAGAGGGGGAAAGAGGCAGCCAAACGAAGCAGCACGCGGUCGAGUUUCUCAGAGUAUACCUGCCGCGUGAGCGCGACAAGGACGGCGCGAUUAAACGAGAGAGAGUGAGAGACGCUUUAUACGCCGGUGAACGGCCGUCUCGUUGUCGUUGCCAGCAGCAAAGGGCAACAAACCACGCGCUACGGCAGAAACUCUCCUUUUCCUGUUCAAGGUCAGAGCAUCGAGACCCACGUCGCGAUUCUUUGUAAUUGGACUAUCGCGAGUGAAGUAAAGUAAAAUCGUUUGUGCGCGUAAUGCUCGGGGAUUAGGAGAGAUAGAAUCGCGAGAAUCGUUUCACGGCGAAUAUCGAGAGAGAGAGAGAGAGAGAAAGUGAGAUUGUGUUUGAUUUCCUCGUGAUCAUGUUGAGGCAGAGGCUAUUACCAGACGCCAUGACUAUAGUUAGAGCAGCUGUUCUCGCAGCUGUCCUGGGACAACUCGUGGGCCCCAGCACGGCCAGCAGACCCGCCGGCGCUCACCCGGGACACGCUUACUUCGAGCAACCGUGCUGUGGACGUUCCCAUCUCAGGCAUCACAAAGAACACGUGCGGGAAUUCAGCUGCGGCAUGCUGUACUACAGGACGCUCUAUCUGGACAGUAAGAGAGACGCCCUAUACGUCGGAGCUAUGGACAAGAUCUUCAGGCUAAAUCUGAGCAACAUCAGUCAUUCCAACUGCGAGAGAGAUGCCCUGAAUCUGGAACCCAGCAACGUGGCAAAUUGCGUGUCCAAAGGCAAAUCGGAGCAUUUCGACUGCCGGAACCAUAUAAGAGUGAUACAACCAAUGGGAGAUGGAAAUCGGCUCUACAUGUGCGGCACGAACGCGCACGCGCCCAAGGAUUGGGUGAUUUAUAGUAAUCUGACUCACUUACCGCGUCACGAGUUUGUUCCGGGAGUGGGAAUGGGUAUCGCGAAGUGCCCUUACGAUCCUGCGGACAACUCUACGGCGGUUUGGGUCGAGAAGGGCAAUCCUGGGGACUUGCCAGCUCUUUAUUCCGGCACGAACGCCGAGUUCACCAAAGCCGAUACCGUAAUCUUCCGCACGGAUCUCUACAAUCUGACUACCGGUCGCAAGGCGUUCAGUUUCAAAAGAACGCUCAAGUACGACUCCAAGUGGCUCGAUAAACCGAAUUUCGUAGGCUCGUACGACAUCGGCAGCCACGUGUUCUUCUUUUUCCGCGAGACCGCGGUCGAAUACAUCAACUGCGGUAAAAGUGUGUACUCCCGCGUGGCGAGAGUCUGCAAGAGGGAUACUGGUGGUAAAAAUAUACUUGCCCAAAAUUGGGCCACGUAUCUCAAGGCCAGGUUAAAUUGCUCGAUACCUGGCGAGUUUCCAUUUUACUUCAACGAGAUACAGAGCAUUUACAAGGUGCCAGGUGACGACACGCAUUUCUACGGGACCUUCACCACAUCGACGAACGGGUUAAUGGGAUCCGCGAUAUGUUCCUUUCACAUCGACGCUAUUCAGGAGGCUUUCCGCGGAAAGUUCAAAGAGCAGGCAACUAGUAGUAGCGCGUGGUUACCAGUCUUGUCCAACAAAGUUCCAGAACCGCGUCCGGGCCAAUGCGUCAACGACACAGAGACGUUGCCGGACACAGUUUUGAAUUUCAUAAGGUCCCAUCCUCUGAUGGAUUCCGCGAUCUCGCACGAGAACGAGAAGCCGGUCUUCUACAAGCGAGACGUCAUGCUCACGCGAUUGGUCGUCGAUAAGCUGCGCAUCGAUUUUGUCGGCAUCGAUCUGGAUUACACCGUCUACUACGCUGGUUCCAGCGACGGUCGCGUUCACAAGGUUGUACAAUGGAUCGACAAUAACGGUGAAUCCCAGUCGAUCUUGCUGGACGUUUUCGAUGUCACACCGGGCGAACCGAUACAAGCGAUGGAGAUUUCAAAGGAGCAUAAGGCUCUCUACGUAGCAUCGGAUCACCGGAUAAAGCAGAUCGAUCUGGUAAUGUGCACCCGACGAUACGACAAUUGCCUGCGAUGCGUCCACGAUCCGUACUGCGGAUGGGAUAAGGAUACAAAUACGUGCAAACCCUACGAACCUGGGCUUCUUCAGGAUGUAUCGAACAGCACAGCCGAUGUUUGCGACAGCAGCGUCGGCAAACGGAAGCUGGUUGUCACGUGGGGCCAGUCGGUGCAUCUGGGAUGUUUCGUAAAAAUGCCGGAAGUACUGGCGAAUCAAGAGGUACGGUGGUACCAUUAUAGUAAAGAGAAGGGUAGAUAUCAGAUCGCGUACAAGUACGGCGCCGGCGGCGACAAGUUCAUCGAGACCUCGGAGAAAGGUCUGGUGAUUGUCGGCGUCAACGAGCAGGAUGCCGGUAGAUACGAUUGCUGGCUUGGCGGUGCUCUCCUGUGCUCCUACAACAUCACCGUGGACGCGCACAGAUGUUCCGCCCCCGCCAAGUCCAACGACUAUCAGAAGAUAUAUUCGGACUGGUGUCACGAAUUCGAAAAGUACAAGUCGGCGAUGAAGAGUUGGGAGAGAAAGCAGGCGCAAUGCGCCUCGAGGCAAAAUGACAGCAAUCAGAAUGUACACACGAACGAGGUGUACGGCACGCCCCUCGUCUGAUGGAGCCGAUCGUUGGGUCCCUCGUCGAGCCGAGAUCACGAUGACGCCAUGAUACGCAUAAGCGUCCCGCCGAAGAAUCGCGGCUGGACCACGACCGGCUGGACGAGCCUGACCUUCCUACUGGCCGGUCACGUCACCGCGCUCGGCCCGUUGGUCACCCGAGGUCUCUAAAGCGACUGAGACCGAUACGCGGCUUCGUGAACUGUGUGGUAAAAAGGACUUGAAAUCUGGUGAGUGCGAAAACGUACGCGCGAUCGAUCGUGCAUGUUGAUACUAUUUACGUGCCACUGUGCCCGAGAUUGCUUCUCGUCGCGCUACCGAUCGCGAGUGAUCGUCGAUGAUUUCAUUGGCGGUAGAAAAUAUCACAUAUAUUCCAGUUUCGUUCUGGUCGCGCGUUUUUUCUUACGUAUGUUUUUUUUGUACUCGCUUAAUGCUGUAAAUAGACGUGUUGCGCACGAGUCGCGCGAAAGAGAGAUCCGACAUUAAUGCAGCGAGUGUGUUCUUGGCGAUGACGACGGUAAUGCUACGAAAUGCCGUUAAAAAGUGAGGCGAUUUUCAUCUCGUAAAUUCUGAUAUGAAUGUUGCAUGCGCGGAAAAAUGGUUUUUGUCGGAGUAAACGGAUGUGCAUCGCGGAUAAAACCCAAUAGACUGUGGAAACUGUACGGAAAAACGCGCACUUUCAUUUCCUCAGAUUUUUAAUUGAUUUGCGAGACGACGAGGAAUUAUGUACAUAUGAUAUCGGAGCCUCGAAAGACGCCAUGUAGAUCGCGAUAUCGCCGUAAUGAGAUAUCGAUUGUCAAUGGAACUGUCGAGAUUAUAAGGAAGCGAUGUGUCGAAGAAUGAAAGGUGCGUUUUCUCCUGCGGUUUUUCACAUCUGUGAUAGAAAAGAGAAACGGAAGGUAUAGUUCUCUGACGACGAGAGAAUAUCGAUAGGACAACAGUCGUUAUGGUUCGAGGAAAGGUGGUGAAACGUCGCGUCAAGAGGGAAAAACGAAACGUGGCCAACGGCACGUUUACGACGUCACGCAGGUUACAUAUGAGAUUAUUAUCGACUUUAGAGACCUUCGUGCGAGCUGCGCUGUACUCGCGCGACGCUGGUCAGCUUUCCAUAUCACGUUCGCCACUUUUGCGGCGCGCACACGCCUAUUUUCUACUCUUGCACACCUACCCCUCAAUAUACCAACCCUCUCCUUACAUAUCCUUCGGUUCCCCCUCCUAUCGCAUCUCGACGAUCGCGCGAGUUCCGGCCUUUGAUUAUCUAUUGUUUGCCGGAACUUUCGUGCGCCAUUCUGAUCAUCAUCAUUAUUCUUCGCAUAUCCACUUGAGAGACACGGCGAAACGACCGCGCGAUGACAUCGCAUUUUUAUACGCGCCCGCGUACAUUGUGUCGAUGAAGGCACACGUGUCAUCAUAUCGGACAGAAACGUCAAAAUCGUCGCGCUCCAGUUUGCGAGGAAUUGUUUCGAGUAUCUCUCACGCGUCGUCAUCGUCGAGAAUCCUUUCCUUCAACUAAGGUGCUACGCGGAUCUAACUUUUUUGCAGGAAGUCCUCUGGGUCCCGGACUCAUACAUCUCCCAUUUUCUUUCAUCCGAUUCUUUUUCCCCGAUCGACACGCGCGCGCGUACGAAAAACGCGUUACGCACUUAACGAGCGAUCGUUGUGUACGCGCCGGUACACUGUACAUAAUAUAUCGAAUUCCAAAAGUCACGUGUACACACUUUCCUUAGGUAAGUCUAAUAUUAGCGUAGUAUAUACAUGUUUGCUUAUUAGUUUUCGAUCAACACGGCCACGGAUCUCUCGUUGCAUCCUGCAACGAUAUCGGCGGCAUAACAACCGUCACCCAAAAAGUAAACGCGAUGCUGGGGCACACAUUGAGGCGAGCGAUCGUUUCGACGCGACUUCCGGACUCGACAUUACGAGCGAGCUGUCAAUCCGUCAUUGUAUUUCUAACGUGUCUUUAACACUACACAGAUAGAUUGCGAUUGAAUCGAACUCGUGGCGUGGCGUCCGAAUUUGCUUCCCGAAAUCAAUCUGGAAUUUUAACGUCUAUCGUUAUACUUGAUUCGUUUUGGGAUUUUAAUACGAUUAUAUUAUUCGAUUUACCUCAUUUUUAUCAUCGUUGAUUUUCGCGUUACUUUUCGAAUGGAUACGGAUCCGGGAGUGUUUUUGACUUUGUAAUUCUCUGUAUAUAGAUAUAAUAAUGUUAUAUUUUUAUAAAAAAAAAAAGAUCUUGUCGAGAAAGAUUCAUUGUGAAAAGUGACAACAUGUUUUUAAUUAGUAUUCACGCUCAAUCAAUUGGAGUGACCGCGAACAUCAAAAAAACCGUUUCCGGGCAAACGAAUAUUUUUCGAAUCUCGAUACACGCGGGAAACCGAAGAGUAAUUCAAUUUUGUCGCGUUUCACCGCUAAUUUCAAUACCGUAUAUGCAUACGUCCUCGUUUAGUAAAUCGUCCAUGAAAAUAUGACGCAGACUCACACACACAUUGUAGUGGAAUUAGCGUUCGUGUUAGCGUCCGUCCGACUUUUCCUCGGAGAUCGACAUACAUUUUGUAAUCAACGCGACAACAAACAUCUAUCGGUGCUCAUUUGGCGCGAUUUGUCGAACGAUCGGCGUAUCGAGAGAGCACUCAGCCAGCCAGCCAGCCAGCCAGCCAGCCAGCCAGCCAUAAUCAUCAUACAUACACACGUAGGCUAUAUAAAGAAUUGUAGGAGAGGUCAUGACACCUCUCUCUGUACACAGAUUUUCGGUUCUUUGAGACAUCCGGUGAUAGUUUUGCUCUUAUCUUUGCGUUUGUACAUAUAGAUAUUUUUUAUCGUAAUAAUUACGUAUCCUCGAUAUAUAAUGCAGUAGCGCGAAAAUGCCCGAUCGAGCCUGGAUGCGCGCGAGAGACUGUUAUUAACUUGUGUACAGAAAUUGUCGCAGUCGACGAUUUACAUACUUUUUGUACCUAUAAGGCUCAACCUAUAUACGCGAGAAAAUACGCGGCGAGGGACUCCGAUCGAAUGAUAAAUCCUCGUAGAGGAAACGUAGAUUAGAAUAACGGAGUACACACCUAAACGAGACCUUGGGAAAGAUGUAAGAGUAACACAAUAAUCGGUAAUCUAAUCCUCGAGUAUGUACUUAUUAUGAGCUUCAACAAGUAUUGAUUAGUAUUACGACGUAAGAAUUAAGGCUAAACGCACGUUAAGGAUAAAAUCGAGAGACCGGCCGACCGCGCGACGUCGCGCGGAUGGAUGGGGGGCUCACUCGCGAAUUUUUGCGCGCGGUCUCCGCGUUUUUAACGGGAAAUGCUCCUCGUCGAUCCGCUCGGUCUACUCGUACCUACAAAUCAUCCUCAAAUUUCUCCAGCCAUCAAUCGACGUCCCGGAUCGUACCGGAUCAUAAGCGCGCCUGGAUAUAGAGAAAAGGAGCGAUCGAAAGAGUGCUAGAUACGUAUGUGAGUGUGUGCGUGUAUGUAUGCGUAUGUGAUUGCGCGAUGUGUCACGGAUUGAUACGUAAAGAAUAGUAACUUACCUAUCGUGUAUCUAAAGAAAGUUAUAAAAAAAAGAGUAAAAGCAAACUUAAUAUUACGAUAGAAUAGUAAAGUACACGAACUUUGGCUAAGAACGCCCUCGUGCAGUCCUUACUGGCCACGUCAUGUCAACCGCGUGUUAUGGUAACACGAGGAGAGAAAUCGUAUCGAUCCUCGAAUGGGAAUAGUCUCCUUUACGUCUCGCGAGAGAGCUAAGUGUCCGAGGGCGAGUGCACGAGGGCGCACUUCGGGUUGGAGUGAUCACGGAAAGCAAUCUAAGUUGAAUCUAAAGUUGUUAGAUAUAUUAUUUGUAAGAUUACUGUAUGUUGCGCGUGGAUGCGAUUGAUGCGGCGGGAUAUCGCGAGCGGAUUUUGUCGGAGACAAUUUGUGGAGACACGAGCUUGAAACGCAUCUUAAUGAAAAAAAAGAAAGAAGAGAAUAUCGGAUACAUCGCGUCUGCGAAAUUCCAGUCGAUUAUCCCGCAACGUCGACCGCGAAGGCGAGAUAGAUUAUAGCUCGGUUUAAUGUAUGCGAUGCGAGACGAUUUUGAGUAACACAACAUAAUAGUUACUCGUAUAAGGGAACGGAAAAGAAGGUGUUGGGGGCGGGAAAGGAGACGCCCUAAGUGAAUAAUUAGUUACGAUGAUACAUACUACUACGAUACAGAGGGAAGGAAAGAAGUGAAGGGUAGCCGAUAACGAUUUAUUAAGAUAUAUCACUAGGACUAGCCGACGACUGUCUUAGGUUUCGCGAAUGAUUUCGGAAACGUAGACUUAUUUCUCGGAAGGGAGUGAAAUAUGGAAUGGAGAAGGAUUCGCUGUGUACUCUUAACUUUUUUUUUUUUUAUCGCGAAGAUUAGCGGAAGAGAGAAAAUGUGAUCCGUUUGAUCGAUUUCCUCUUAAUUUCGCCGGUCUUUCUUUCCGCUCUUGUGUCAUCGGCGUCGUUUUUCUUCCAUAUUUUUUUUUUGCUCUCUCCUUUUUUACGAUAUAUCUUGCCUUAAAGCAGAAAAUUGGAGCAAACUCGCGCGCACGCGAGGUUAAUAGUCCAUUCGUAUCGUGGAAAACUCAUCCUUCAUCAUCGCCGUAUUUUUCUCCGUCUUUUCGGUUCGCUUCUUUUUUGCAUUCUGCUCGUUCCUGUCGACAGCAGAGCGAUCAAGGGUGGAAAUUAGGGAUGGGCGGUAGCGCGCCGUGAGUCGUUUUCAAGCUCGUAGAAGCCGAUAUAUGCCGCUUACGGGAAUUCAAUUUAAGUACCGCGCGGUAAGGAACGGAUCCCUCCGCAUCGCUCGAGGUAAUGCCGCCCGCAGGGGCGUGCAUCGGCGCAUCGGCAGUUUUGUUUAUGGAACGUACUCGUGAAUAUCGAUCUUCCUCAAAGCGCCCCGCCAAACGUUGUGUUUGUUCGCGCCAGGCGAUAUGUUUAUCGAUUAAAUUAAUUCGGCCACGCAUACGCCACACCUUGCGCCUGUCGAACGAAGGUACAGUUCUCUCUCUCUCUCUCUCUAUGCUAUAUGCGCGAAGCGUGAUUUUUCGAAAAGCUGCGAUUUAUACAUGAGAAAUUAUUCUCACUUUUAUAUAAAAAAAUCUAGUUUUAUUGUUUAUUGUAAGAAAAUAUUUGUAAUAAUUGGAUCUCAGAAUGAAACGAAUUUUAAUCUGCAUACAGAUAUACUCCGCGAUUAUACGAUCGAUCGAUUCACGGUACGCACCGCCUAAAAAUUCAGACUUAUCGACACGUAUGUGCGAUUAUCAUCGUUAAUAACACGACCGUAGAUAAUUUUUAGUUCAAAGAAUUUCGUACGAUAUAAGAGACCCUUUUAGAUAUUCACCUAUUACCUAAACAUCCAAUCGCUAUUUUUAUCAAAAAAAAACAUGUUAAAAAUCUUUAAUAGUUAUCCAUUGUUCACUAUUGCUAUAAUAAAGUUUUGCUUUAAUAAAUGAUUGAUUCGUA